AUGCUUCAUAACAUCGGUCUUCAGCUGCGAAACACGCAGCUGUACGAACAGUUUCUUCAGUCUCAACGUAAGGAAUCCGGCCACGGAACAACACUUCACUGGGCCUUCAACAAUGGCACCCGGUGGAAUUCGGACAUGCGUAUGAUGGAAAGGGCUCUUCGGCUCCGCCCGGGGCUCAAUACCUUCUUCAAUGACGUUCAAAACCGGUGGGAAACCGACGGCCUCUGUGACAGAACGAAGCCGGCAGUUCUGCAGUACCGCCUAAGUGCGUACGACUGGAAAGUUAUCGAGGUACUGGUUAAGCUUCUGAAACCGUUCGAGAUUGCCACCAAGCAACUUCAGGGCAACGGUGUUCCCGCCGGCAGGUCCACAUGUGGCAGUUUCGAUGAAUACUUCCCCGUCUUUGAGGUCUUACUUGACCACCUCGAAAGUGCCAUCGAAGGCACUAUCUUCGAAGAGGUUGAGGAUCCAGUGACUAGGGAGAAGAAGGAUGUCGAAGUAGCCAUUUAUGACGGACUCGAUAGCAGAACCCGCAGGUUGCUCAAGGUCUAUAUCAAGCUUGGAUGGAAGAAGCUGCAUAAAUAUUACAGCCGUCUGACUAGCGCUGCAUAUGUUGGGGCUGUUGUCUUCAAUCCUGCGAAAAAGUGGCGCCUUCUCGAUCAACUGUGGUCUCGAGUACCCUCGCGGAAGACGAAGAGUUGGCGAUUGGAAUACGAAGCAAAGCUCUUGGAGAUCUGGGAGACGUAUAGGGAGCGCGACGUGGACAAUGAGGUCCUCGUUACGUCUGAUGAGGCCUCUAUGGACUACAUUGAGCGGAGACUGGCUAGGACUGUAGCUGGGUCGCCAUUCAACCAGGGCUCGCUCGGAGCGUCAGGUGCCCGCAAGAGUAGCCGAAAGACGAAAUCGUCCACUGCGGGAGGGACUGGUGAUGACGAAUAUGCUCGAUACUGUGCCGAGGACGUUGUCAACAGCCACCACUACAGAAGCAGACCGAUUGACUGGUGGAAGAUCAACCGGAACCGAUAUCCGCGACUGUCUCUGAUGGCAGUGGACAUGCUUACGAUUCCAUCGACGUCGGCGGAAAGCGAGAGGACGUUUAGUAGUGCAGGACCGAAUGCGACUGAGGAAUCUCGUGCUAUUAGAGACACUAAGCGGCUCGAGCAUAUUCUGCCCUCUAAUACCGGCUUCUACAGAAACUUCACGGAUCUUCUUCGAAAGGUAUUCGUCUGUGAUGCAUCUCGUCGUAUCACUGCCAAGCAGGCCCUAAACCACCCAUGGUUCCAAACGAUAGCCGCACCAGAUGAUGGGACUGAGGCGGCCCAGUUCCAGCUAGACCAACAUCGAGAGGGGACAAUGAACGCCUAG